AUGGCCACGCGCGCCGCCGACGACUCGGCGCAGCAGCUGGCGCGCGACGCCAAGGCGCGGCGCGCCACGCUCAAGGCGCUGCUCGACGACGCCGCCGCCCAGCCGGGUGCGGCCGCCAUCGACUAUGCGCGGCGCGAGUGCCGGCAUGCCUACCUCAAGCUGCUCUUCGCCUGCACCUUCAGCUCGCGCGCCCAGGGCGCCGAUGCUGCACUGUGGAGCGAGACGACGCAUCCGCUCGUGCACCUCUUCCGCAGUCGCCUGGCCGCGUACGAGAAGGCAUUCAAGGCGAGCCAUGCCCGCAGCGCAGACGCCGCAGCGCCUUCAGAUCCGCAGCCGCCCAAGCCUGCCGUGGGCGGGCGCACCGCCAAGCAGGCCCAGGCACAGCAGGCACAGGCCUAUCUCCGCCUCGCAACGGCCUUUCGCGACUUUCUGCUCGCAGAGGAGAACUUCUGGCGCGACUUGGCGGGCCGUGUGGUGCGAGUCUUUCGGCUGGACGAGGCGCGUGCCAACCUGCGCGCCCUAGACAUCCCCUGCGACGCAGACGCCGACUCCAGCUUCGCCUCCGACACGUCUGCCUCGACCGGGCUCGAUCGCAUUCCUGGCGCUGGCGCGUCGGGCGCUCUGCCUGGUGCCGCUCUGCUGCAGGCGGCCAGCCUGCCGGGCAAUCGUACGCGGCUACUAGAGGUCGUGCACAAGGCACUUCUGUGCUGUGGCGAUCUGGCGCGCUAUCGCGAGCUGUACCGCGAUGACCGUGGCGGCGGCGAGGAGGGCCGUGGCGGCGCCGGAAGCAAGCGUGGAGGCGCCGGCGCAGGGAGAGGUCGAGCGGGCAAGGUGAUUGCCGCUGCAGCCGUUGCGCGCACCAGCAAAGAGGUCUCGUCACGACGGGACUUCUCGCGUGCUGCCGCAUGCUACGAGCAAGCGCGCCUGCUGCUUCCCGACAACGGCAAUCCCUCGAACCAGCUCGCAGUGAUCGCCACGUACUCGGGCGAUCCAUUCCUCUCGAUCUACCACUACUACCGCGCUCUCUGCGUGCGCGUCCCCUUCGACACGGCUCGCCAGAAUCUCGAGCUGACGCUGCGCAAGGCCGUGGCGGCGUGGAGCAAGGAGGGCGGGCGAGAGCGGCUGCUUGCUGGUGGUGCGAAGGAGAAGCUAGACGAGACGGCAGCGGCUGUCCUGCGUGAUUUUGUUGUUCUGCAUGGCUUGUUCUACACGCGCGAGAAGUUCGCCAUCAUCCAGCCCUUCGCCGAGGAGUUCCUCUCGCGCUUCUCCCGCGCCAUCGUCAGCCGCACGCUGGCCGCCGAUGCCAUUGUGCGCAUCGUCGUCACUGGUCUGGCAGCCUCCUGGACUGCGCGUCUGUGGCGCAGUGGUGCUGCAAGCACUACGAGCUCUCGACCUCGACCAGGGCGUGGCGCUGAGGCCACAACCGAGACUUCCUCGGCCGGAAGCGCCGCGUCGGCGGAGCAUCAGAACCUGACGCACGUGCUCGGCAUCAUGCAACGACUCGUCAAGGCCGGCACAUCCGAGACGCGCGAGGCACUCGAUGCAGCACGCAAGAGUCCACCAACAGCACCGGCUCGUAUGCGUGGCGGCGCUGGCGAGGCAGCAGCAAGCGCAGCACGCCACAUCUCUGCGGCCUUUCGGCGCAUGCUGCCCGCGCUGCGCAUCCUGUCGAAGUGGAUGAAGAGCCACUUGGAGUACAUGUCUCGCUCUGCCGAUCGUGCCGCGGCGCUCAGUCAGGAGUCUUCGCUCAGUCAAGACCUCGGCGAGACGGAAGUCGAGGAGGCUCAAGCGCGGGCCUUGGCAGAUGCAGCGCUCGUACAGACGACAGUCGAGCUGUGGAAGAGCUACGUCUCGUUCAUCAACACUCUGCGCUUCGCGUUUCCAUUCGACGCACUGCCGAGUCUGGGCGCCAUGGGACAGACUGGAGCUGCGCCUCUUGCGCUCGAGGAGGACUCGGACAUGCGGGGCUUCGCGCCGACUCGCAAGGCCAUGCUUUACGUCAACGGCUCGACGCCGGGCUCGUCGCUGGCACAGCCUCGCGCUAGUCAGGUGCAUCCGAACGAGGAGCAGCUGAUGCGCAUUGCAGACUUGCUCAUCGACGCCAAAGUCAUGGCCGAGUCCGACGCAAGUCCGAUCUACUUUGACGACGAGCGAAAUCUCUUCGCUCUGGACGAGCAAGGGCCUGGUCUCAACGCCACGCAGGAGUCGUUGCGCGGCGGAGGCGACGCAGCAGAGACGCAGUCUGCAGAGCCGCAGAGCAGCCUGGAUCGCAUUGGUCUGCGCGACGCCCUGCCGCAGCGCGACGACGAUCCCGAGAUUGCGUCCGAGUCUACAGAGGACGUCGUCGACAUGGCCAUGCGUGCCGGCGUCGGCGAGCUGGAUGACUCAGACGACGAUCUGAUCCUCAUUCCUUCGGCCUCUGCCGCCUCGCGCACGGCCGCAGCUGCCGUGCCGCAGCCGCAAGAUCCUGGCACUCCCGCUGCUGCGCGCAGUCGUGCGCUGGCUCCUGCCUCGGGCGCAUCGACGCCCAGUCCCAUGACGGCGCAGCAUCUGCUUCUGCAGGUGCUGACAGGUCGAUCGCCGGCACAGUCUCCCUCUCAGCCACACGCACCUGCUCUUCAUGCUCCGAGUCUCGCCUCCGCACCAGCACAGCAGCCGCAUCUCCUCUUUGGCGGCGUAGCGCGCACCUCAUCUGACUUCAGCGGAGCCGGUCAGGCGAGCAUCUGGGCCUCGGGUCCCGGCGACGUGCACCACUCGCACGCACGCGCCUUUUCGCCUCCCGCGCGCGCCUGGGACACGCCGGGCGGCUACGCCUCGCCGCAGCAGCAACAGCAGCGGCACUUCAACGCGCAGCAGGAACACGCCAGCGGCUCGCCCUUCGCGGCCGGGCGCGCCACGCAGCAUCUGGGCGGCGCGUUUGCAGCGGCGCCUGGUCCGAUGUCGUACGCCGGCGGCACCUCGCAGGCCUCGCAUGCAUCGUCGAUGAACGGCGCUGCCAGCGCGCCGUUCGCAUCGUACGCGAGCAGCUCGGGCUUCGCUCCGCCAGGCCCGGACGCAUUCGCCGCGCCGCAAGGCCAGCACACGUCGCCGUUCGCGGGCAAUGGACACGCGCAGCAGCGUGCACCGCACGACGCGGCCCAGAGCUUCCUCAACGGCUGA